AUGAUAAAUAUUCAACGCCUGUGCCGAAUAUGUUGCGCGUACGUACUGCUGAUUAGUCUGACGGCGAUGACGGCAAACACGGUUUACGGGGCCUACCGGGUAGGGGUUGGCCGAGCGGACUGCACUGGACCACCAGUGGAAAUCACUUUUAUGGGCUACGCACAACUGUCCCAGCGCGGAGCCGGUAUUCACCUGCGACAGUAUUCUCGAGCCUUCAUCUUCGAAGAGUCCGGCAAGCGUGCGGUGUUCGUCAGCGUAGAUGCCGGCAUGAUGGGUCACGCCGUCAAACGUGAUGUGCUGGCGAUCCUUCAGAAGAAGUACGGCGAUUUGUACAGUGUGAACAAUGUAGCCAUCAGCGGUUCCCAUACGCACAGUACUCCCGGUGGGUUCCUGAUGUAUUUGCUGUACGAUAUGACUUCGCUUGGCUUUGUGUCGGAAACGUUCAACGCGUUGGUGCGGGGCAUCGCUCAGAGCAUUGUACGGGCACAUAACAACAUGAUCGAGGCAAAAAUUUACGUAUCGGAGAUCGACGUUCAGGAGGCAAACAUCAAUCGAAGUCCCAGUGCUUACGAAAACAACCCAGAAGAAGAAAAGUCUCAGUACAAGGACAACGUGGACAAACGGUUGGUGCAGUUGAGGAUAGUGAACAAGAAAAACGUUGUUUUUGGGGCUAUUAAUUGGUUUGCGGUACAUCCGACUUCCAUGAACAAUACAAAUCGGUUCGUUUCGAGUGAUAAUGUAGGGUACGCUUCCGUUCUACUGGAACAGGAACGCAAUAAGGGCAGCCUGAUUGGAAGAGGAGAGUUUGUGGGAGUGUUUGCUUCCAGUAAUCUUGGAGAUGUUUCACCAAACAUUAUGGGGCCAAAAUGUGAAAAGACGGGACUUCCCUGUGAUCUGCUGACGUCUUCCUGUCCGUCCGGAGCUGGAGCAUGUUUCGCCUCGGGGCCUGGAAAGGACAUGUACGAAAGUACAAAGAUUAUUGCUACACGCUUGUAUAAAGCCGGUUCGGAACUUUUAUCUAAAGCCGGUGGACGGGAAGUGACCGGGGGAGUCAGUUUCGUUCAUCAGUUCAUCGACAUGACGAAAGCGGAAGCAAUGUAUUACAAUCCUAAGACUAGAAAUUUUGAACUGGUCCGUGGCUGCCUACCAGCCAUGGGCUAUAGCUUUGCAGCUGGCACUACAGACGGCCCGGGUGCGUUUGAAUUCCAACAGGGCACGGUAACGGACAAUGCUCUUUGGAAUGUAGUGCGCGAUUUCAUUGCGGAACCAACGUUCGAUGACAAGGAGUGUCAGGCCCCGAAGCCGAUUCUUUUAGCAACCGGUCGUGCCACGUUUCCCUAUGACUGGCAGCCGAAAAUCGUACCAACACAAAUUCUUCUAAUAGGAGAUUUUGCCAUUGCUGCCGUUCCUGGUGAAUUCACCACAAUGUCUGGUCGUCGAUUGAGGAAUGAAAUAUCCCGAGCUUCAGUCGCUGCCGGCGGCAAGGAACUCCAAGUGGUCGUUGCCGGUCUGUCCAACAUGUACUCCAGUUAUAUUGCGACUCCGGAGGAGUACGAAAUACAGCGCUACGAGGGUGCAUCCACUUUAUAUGGGCCACACACUUUGACGAUCUAUCUCCAUCAAUACAAGAGAAUGAUUAAAUCACUGGUCACCGGUGAGCCAUUGGAUGCGGGACCAACACCGCCCUAUCAGGACGACAAACAGAUUUCGCUUAUGACGGGAGUAAUUUUUGACGGACAUCCAAUCGGACGAGAGUUCGGGAGCGUGAAGGUACAACCGCUUAACACUUACGAACGUGGCGACGUAGUUUACACCACCUUCGUCACUGGAAAUCCGCGAAACAAUCUAAUGCACGACAAGACAUUUUUCACAGUCGAACAGAAACAGAUCGACGGUAAUUGGACGGUGAUAGCUACCGAUGCCAACUGGGAAACUAAAUUUAAAUGGGAACGUCUGUCAACGAUUCUCGGCUUUAGUGAUGUUGAAUUUCAGUGGGAAAUCGGACCGGACGUUGAGAAAGGAACGUACCGGAUAAGGCAUUUUGGUUACUACCGGUACAUACUGGGAGGCGUAUAUCCGUUUACAGGAUCAACCAAGACGUUCGUAGUGGAGUGAUUGUCGUUUAAGACAGUAACAAUUGAUGGAUCGAAUGUGAUAAAUUUGUAGAAGCGCAAUUAGGAAGUUCACUACAGAUAGGUUUCUAGCAGAGAAGAAUCAAGUUUAAACCAAAAAGACUAGUCAAU